UGUGUGGAUAUCUUGGACAGGAAAAAGAAGCUUCAUGCAAUAGUUCCACAUUUAAGCAACUACAAUGUUUAAGGGUUUCCAAAAUAAAAUAGUGAUAUUUUUGAGUGAUUAGAAGUGUUAACUGAUGUCAAUAUAAAUUACUAAAGGAACAUAAAAUGCAAUGAAAGCGAAGACAUUUUUUGAUGCAGAUAAACCAAGCGAGAAGCUGACCCUAACUAAUGGCAAGUUGCCAGGAAUAAAUGAGGAUGCAUCAGAUGAUGAAGGAGACAAUACUGGUUUUUUAACCGCCGUUAGUUCGGCAGUCAAAUUUCGGAAAUUGAGAAAGAGGCAUUUGAAGAACAAUCCGUCAAUAAGAAGAUUUGAGAGACGCUACACUGAAUUAGGACCUCUAUUGAAGCCAGAACAGAAACGAAUUGACUACAUUCUGAUUUAUGAUAACAAAUCCUCACACGAUGAAGAGGAUGCAGAAAAGCGAAAACAUCUGGAGAUUAAAGAGUCUAAGAGAGAAAGAUUUAAAAAUGCUAUGAAAUUAGAGGGAUUUCUCCUUCAAGAAGAAAUAAUCAGGAACAAUGUAUUUGUCAAGAUUCACUGUCCAUUUAAAAGGUUGUGUGCUGAAGCAGAAAUGGUCAAACUGGAAAUGCCAAUUAAAGAUUGUGACAAAAAAGAACCAAAUUUAGGAUGUUUUGGUCAAUUCUUAGAGAAUCAUUUCGAAACUGAUAAUGAAGUUGAUUUUGUCAGUGCACCUUUUGUUAUGGACAAAAUACAGUUAUAUGAAGGCUAUGAAGAUCCAACAAAUUUCUUCAGAUCUAGUGUAAGAUCUAUGUUGGUCCAUCAUAUUUUGAUAAAUUUGGACAUAAGAGACAAAAGUGACAAGCAAAGGAAAGUUCUACAGAUAAGAGGCUUACCUUACCUGUUAAUGAAAAAUGUAUACAAAGAUGCCUUCCCUCUUCAUGAAGAAUCAUCAAAAAGUAAAUUUAAUGAAGAAACAAUGGAGUGUUUUAAGGAAGGAAGGCCUGAAGAUGAAGAAGAAGAAUUGAAAAUUGAUCCCCGGAGAGAUUUGGAUGACACCUGGACUAAAGUCUAUAAAUUUCAGCCAUUGUGGAAGAUCAGAAACUAUUUUGGUGAAAAGAUUGCUUUAUACUUUGCUUGGACUGGUAUGCUGACGUCAUCGUUAUGGAUACCAACCAUAUUCGGCUUUUGUAUUUUCUUGUAUGGUUUAAUAGCCAGCCAGAUCAAUGAAACAUCACCACUUGAGAUCCCACAGAAUGCUACAGCUUUACAAGAAUUUCAGUCGAGAAUGAAUGAUUUGCUCAAUACAAUAAAAAAAGCCUUUGACAAUGAUGUUACCCCAUUCUUUGCAUUAAUCAUAUGUCUUUGGGGUACAGUUUUCUUAGAACUAUGGAAGAGAACAAAUGCAACUUUAGCUUAUGAAUGGGAUGUAGAUAAUUUUGAAACAAAUGAACCAGAUCGACCUCAGUUUUAUGGUUUAAAAGUUAAGACAGAUCCUAUUACUUCAGAAGAAAAUUGGGUUUACCCAUUCAAGAGAUUGAUUUUGAAAUACACAGGUUCUUCAAUGGUUGUGAUCUUCAUGAUAUUAGUUGUAUUUGCUUGUGUUGCUGGUGUUAUUUUGUAUCGAGUUAUUGUGAGUGUAAAUGUAUGUCCAGGAAUGUCGGCAGUAGAAUGUCUAAUACUGACCACUGUCUUUUCAUCAGUAAUGAAUGGUGUUAUUAUUUUAAUACUUGGAAAGUUUUAUGACAAGUUAGCUGUGAUAUUGACAGAUUGGGAGAACCACAGAACACAAAGUAGAUAUGAAGAUGCAUUGAUAAUCAAGGUUUUUGCUUUCCAGUUUGCCAAUACAUAUGCUUCCUGCUUUUAUAUAGCAUUCUUUAGAGGGAAAUUUGAAAUAUUUGGUAUAGGAGAUGAUUAUUAUGAUGCAUGCUCUGAUACCUGUAUGUCUCAGUUGUCAUUCCAAGUGAUGGUUCUCAUGCUCAUCAAACCGUUCCCAAAGUUCCUUAAAGAUAUUAUUUUACCGACUUUAAGGAAAUGGUGGCGUAACCGUCCAAACUGGUGUUGCCGUUACAGAUAUUGUGAUUGUUGUCAAUGUUGUCAGAAUAAAGUAACUGAUGAAGAGGCAUUAGCUGAUGAAGAUAAGAAAAUGACCUUUGAUUAUGUAGAAAAUGAAAGAUUAAAGCCUGUUUUGAAUGACUUUACUCUAAGUGAAUAUACAGAGAAGAUACUUCAGUAUGGUUUUCUGAUGUUAUUUGCAGCUUCUUUUCCUCUGGCACCAUUAUUGGCCUUGUUAACAAAUGCUAUUGACAUCAGAGUGGAUGCUAAACGAUUGUUGUGGAUGUAUAGACGUCCAGUGGCAGCAAUUAGAGGGGAUAUAGGUAAAUGGUAUGGAAUCCUCCAGUUUGUCAACUUAGUUGCUGUCGUUACAAAUGGAUUUAUCAUUGCUUUCACUUCAUCAUGGGCUCAAGAUUAUACUACAACAGAAAAGCUCUGGCUUGUCAUAGGAUUUGAGCAUAUAGUUUUUGGCUUGAAGUUUAUAUUAGCCUACCUCAUACCUGAUGUGCCAGCAGCUGUUGCAUUAGACAUAAGAAGAGAAAAAUUCCAAGUGGCAAAACUCCUUGGUUCAUCCACUCUGGACAAGAAAGGGAAAGGGAGUCAUGAUUUAGUGGACUAUUCAGAACUUGUGCCAAAAUAUUCCAAGAGGAGACGAGAACGCUCCUCUAAUUACGACACCUUUGAUGAGAAUGACGACACUUCCUUAUCAAAGAAAAUAGUGAAAAAAGAAAAAGAGAAAAAUAAAGAAAAAAAAUCUCAGUCUGAUGUACAAGAGCCAUAUCCUUCUUUACCCACAGUUGAUUUAAUAUGUAAGAAACCAGAAUACAACAUACCUGAAAGUUUGAAUGACAGGUCAUACACUAUCAACAGUAUAUCAGGUAUUCAACCUACCAUAAAUCAAGAUACAGAAGUGUGAAGUCAGUGAAGCAUGAAUUCAGCGAAGUAUGUUUUCAAGGAAAAGAAGUUAUAAGUACUAGAAUAACAAAGCAGUGCUAAUUUUUAUAUUUGUUGUAUAACCUAGGUAAAGUCCAGUGGUGGCAAAAUGUUUAAUUUAUUUCUGGGUUUUAUAUAUUGAUAGCUUUCCAUCAUUUUCUAUAUUUUUUUAAAUGUUGUGAAAUCCAAAUAUUACUAUAUAUAUUAUUUUGUGAUAUUUUACUGUGUUAUUUGUAAAAUUUGAAAAUGAAAAGUUUCAAUAUUUUAUAGCAGCUCAAGACACCGGUAUUUUAAAACUUCAAAAUGGAGUUCUGCAUGCUCAUAAUUUUCAUUCUCUCAAAACCAACAUGAGUUUAUGUAAAUCCCUGAACAUUUUCCAAGUUUAAUUGUAAUUGUAAAUGGCAUAUCAUGGAUCAGUAUUUUUAUAUUCAGACUUAAUGUACAAAGUAAAAAAUUUGGAGGAUCAUCUGUUCACACCACUGAAUGACAAUCAAAGAGUUAAAUGAUAGUUUUACUUUGUCAGUUAUAACCCAAAAUUGUUGUCUUUGUACAUUUAUCUAAGAUAAACUUCCCAAAAAAUAUUCAGUUUUUAAUUUCAUUUCAUGUUUGAUAAUACGAUUCUGAACAUAUGGCUUACAAAUUUAAAAAAAAAAUGUUGAAAAUCUGUAUACCUAAAUAUUAAAUAUGAAAUAGUUUGGCAGCAGAGGUUUAUUUUCAAAUGUUUCGAAACUUGAUAAUGUUUUUAUUUUGUGUUAUUUAUUGUACUUUGUGAAAAAAAGUCUUUUUAACAGUUUUGUGAUAUUGUUUUUCCGUCCAUGAAAGAAAAGUGAUUUUAUGUUGUUGUAUUUACCAUGUUUACAUGAUUCCUAGUUUUUAGGGUUAA